CCCGAUGCUCUUGUUACCUCGUUCACGUCCGGCACUCUACUGAGCUGACCACUGGGGAGAUUGAUAGGCGUCUUGAACAAUUCCCACCGCGUGAGAUGAACCGCCUGUAUCAUGAUCCCAAUGGCGCCAAGGUGUCUCUUGACCGCGCAAUUGUGGAAGUCUGCCGGGCAAUUGACAUUCCUGAGACGAAGUUUCAAGGACUUUACUUUGACGAGUUCGUCGAGGAGCUGGGAGGAAAGGGCCAUCUUGUUGACAAGGAUGCAUAUGAAAGCGAGAUUGGCGAUUUGCUUAUGCUGCUGGACAAGAUUCACAAUGAGAACCGCUCGUUGCAGUGCACCCUGGAAAAAUCAGCUGAGGAGUUCCGUCGGCAGACGGCAUCAACGCUACGGGAGCAGGAAGCGUUACGGCAGCGAAACAAUGAGCUUCAUGCCGAAAUUGGUCGAAUGCGCGAUUUGGUAGAGAAGUUGAAAGACCUUGCUGACAAACAGGCAAGUGAACUGGAAUUGUUCAAGUUGCAAAAGAACCAGGCAAUUCAGAUGCGUACCCAACGUAAUUUGUCGACAUUUAAGGGAGAUAACACCGCGGAACCGCUUUACUGCGUGACUUUGGAUGAGCUUCAUGAACAGAUGAAGCAGUGCGAGCUGCUCGAGAAUGAGGCUGCACAGCUGCAGAAACAGCUGGAGGAUCUUAAUCAAACUCACGAUAAUCUCCUUGUCCAUUUGAAUACAGUAACACAAGAGAAAAAGGGCAUGGAGACCGAGAAUGAGCAGCUUAAAGAUGAACUACAAAUAGCACAGAAAGCAGCGAGCGACGCCGCACAGGAACGCUCGGAACUCCUUCAUGAGUUAGCACGAAAGAGGGCAGAAUGCGAAGAGUUAGCGAAAAAUUUACGUCAGAUAAGUGACCUAUUAGACGCUCUCAAAACCUCUGAGAAGGAGGCGUUAGAAGGCAUCGAAGCGCGUGAUGAAGAGAUCCAUGACCUUCAAAAGCAACUUGAGGAUGCAUUGAAUAAUCAAAAUGUUGGUGCGCGUGCGCUUGAGUUGAAAGAACGACAAAACAAAGAACUUAUGGAAAUAAAUCAAAGAAAGCAAAAAGAACUAAACGCUCAUCGACAAAAACGCCGCACCGCUCAUGAAGCAAGGUCACUGGAGCCCACGCUUCAGCUUUAUACGGUAAAAGACGCGGGUUUCGAGGAUGCCCUGGACCCAGAAGAACUUUUGAGAGAACCCCUACUUUCUAUCACAAUGGACGAAUAUACAAAUCAGAUACAACGGAGCAACCAGCUCCAACAAGAAAACGAUACUCUUCGCCAGCAGCUACAACAACUCAGUGACGAUAUGGAAACAAUUAACAGCCAGCUAAGAGAAGCAGCAGCAGAUAAUCAAAACCUCAGUGACCAACUUCGUGCCAAAUACGAAGAAUUUGUAAAAGCAAACAACACAAUCCAAAGUCUCUACCGGCAAAACGAAACACAAGAAAACGAGCUUCAACAAAAAAACAUAGAAAACGCAAAACAAGCUGAGGAGCUUGAAAAGCUUACCAUCGAAAACGAGAAGCUUGCCGAUGAGCUCGAAAAGCUAGCAACCGAUAACGAGAGGCUGGCGGAUGAGCUUGAGCAGAAGGCCGCGGAGAAUGAGAGGCUGGCGGAUGAGCUUGAGCAGAAGGCCGCGGAGAAUGAGAGGCUGGCGGAGGAGCUUGAGCAGAAGGCCGCGGAGAAUGAGAAGCUGGCGGAUGAGCUUGAGCAGAAGGCCGCGGAGAAUGAGAGGCUGGCGGAGGAGCUUGAGCAGAAGGCCGCGGAGAAUGAGAGGCUGGCGGAGGAGCUUGAGCAGAAGGCCGCGGAGAAUGAGAGGCUGGCGGAGGAGCUUGAGCAGAAGGCCGCGGAGAAUGAGAGGCUGGCGGAGGAGCUUGAGCAGAAGGCCGCGGAGAAUGAGAGGCUGGCGGAGGAGCUUGAGCAGAAGGCCGCGGAGAAUGAGAGGCUGGCGGAGGAGCUUGAGCAGAAGGCUGCGGAGAAUGAGAGGCUGUUAGAUGAUAAAAAACGUUUGGAGGAGGAGUUGGAGCGGAAUGUUUUGGAAAGGGAAAGAAUUGAAUCGGAGUGUAGGUCGAGGGAGUUGGUUGUUGGUGGGCUGGAGUCUAAAUCUCGUGAGUUGGAAGAGGCACUUGUAGCUUUAUCUGCCGAAAAGUAUAAUGCUGUUGAAACAAUUGAGAAGGAAUUAACCGAUAUUUUGGUACAACUAAAGGUAGUCGAGGGGGUGAAUGGUGCUUUGAGGCGUCUUUUGUCGGAUAAGGAGAAGGAGUUGGUGUUUUUGAGGGCGCACUGUGAGUUGUGGACGGACCCAACGGAGGUAAAGGAGAAGGUGGUUACGCGACACGUAAAGGUUUUCGACGGUGAUGAAUGGGGGAAAUUACUGUGUGAGAGACCUGAGGCACUCAUGGCCGCCUUUGUCAUUGAUGCCGGUAAUGCAUGUCAUGUGCCUGGGGAUCAGGUUUCUGCAGUCUCUUUUUUUACUGAACGCCAAUGA